GCAGGUACUUAUAUCUAGGACAUCAUCUCCCCCAUCCGGCGUUUAGUCCUUUUCCUCUAUCCAGUCCUCAACCACCACCCCAACUUAUCUUCACUAUGACUGCUCAAAUCAAAGAGAAAUUGAACAAUCUGCGGCUUGAACUUGACAAUUCAAUCGAGCGUGCUGAAGCUGCAGAGGGUCAGAACAAGAAGUUGGAACAAGUCUUACUCGAGAGAGAACAGGAGAUCAAGGCUCUCACACAGAAGCUCUCCGUAAGUGAAACCGAACUGGAGAAGGCAGAAGGCAAAUUGGCGGAAGCCAAAGGCGCCUUGUCCGAGGGGGAAGCCUCUAAAACGACGAACGAGGGCUUACAACGGAAGAUACAGCUUCUCGAGGAAGAGUUGGAUGCUGCUGAGAAGAACCUCAAGGAGACUGUCGAAAAACUUAGACAGGUGGAUGUCAAGGCAGAACACUUUGAACGGCAAGUACAGAGAGCUGAACAGGAGAGGGAUCAGUGGGAGCAGAAGUAUACGGAGGAGAAACGCAAGCACGAUGAACUCAAGAAGGACUUUGAAGAUCUUAACCGCGACAUCCAGGGGCUAUAAAUGCGCUGUAUUGAGACUUCCCCCUAUGCUUGCAUCCAUACGUAUCUUGCCCUCACGCCACUAUAUCCGUUGUUCCUCCACUUUAACAUCUUUCUUAUGUUAGUUUACGUUGAAAUCUGGCAUCGGUAGCAGCUGAAACGGGACCGUGAUAUUCGAGUUCAUUUACCAAUUAUUCAGACG